UGUCGGCGGUGUAAACUCUCUAAUCUGUGGUGUAAUUUAUAACCUAAAAAUAAGUAAUUUUUAAAUUAAAUUAAAUUCUAAUCACUAUUACAGUGAUAUAAUUAUGGAAUUCAUUGAUGCAAUACCAGUCACCUUUAAAGAAAUUACACCUAAUCACAAUAUUCCAGAGAAAUGGAAGGAAAUUGUUUUGAAUACAGGUGGUACUCACAGCACCCUUCAGGAUAUAAAGUUACCUCAGAAGGCAGGGGGCUAUUGGUACAGAGAUUCAAAGAAAGCAAACACCCGAAAUCGUUUUAUAUAUUGGCAAACUACUCCAGACUCAAUAGAAUUAUCAGAAGCAUCCUUAGAUGUGAAUUUAUCUGGAGCAAAUCUGAGAUGUAAAGUACCAGGCACUCCACCGUUAAACAGUAUAACAAUUUAUGAACGUCCCAUAUACCGUGAAAUAGUUAUUUUGGCUGCCACUGUCUCCUCAGUUCAUAGAUUAACAUUCCCUCAUCCUGAAGUUUUGGAUAAGAAAUCUACAUUUGGUUCAUUGAGCACAUCGUCGCCUUCAAUAUUCCAAGAUACAAGUGCUUUGAAUAAUCCUAACAAUUACUUUAUCCUGAAUCAAUAUACAAAUGCAACUACAGGUGUUGCCCACACAUGUUCUUCUCUACUGCGGGAAAAUGGUGAAGCAUUAUUUGCCCUAGCAUUUGGCAUUGGGGGUGAAGGGGGCCUCCUGUUAGUAAAGCUACCUGUAUCAGGAUCUGCAGUAACGGUUCCACUUAAAAGGGAGUCAGCAGUACCCAGAUUUUUAUCAGGAAUCACUGGCGCAUUACGAGGAAAAAGUACUGAUGGCCUUGAAACAUAUGGGGUGGUGUUAACCCACAAUUUGGCAGUAGCAAUAUGCGGCGACACGUGUCUUCGCGCGUGGGGUAUCGACGAGGGCGGUGCGCCGGUCGCUGUCUCGCCUCCCCUUGCCCAAACUGUAGUCAGGCCUAAGCCACCUCCACAUGGCCACAUGUUGCAGAAGUCAAUUGGGACUGAUGGGAGUGUGAUGCUGGUAGCAUAUAUCUCAUUUCCUGAUGAGUGCGAGUUUGUCGUCAUGAAGAUGCAUGAUGGCGGUGCUGGUGUUAAGUUCUCACAUAUCUGCCGUAUUUUUGGACCACAAUUGGACCUGUUUGAUUAUAGCAUUGGUUAUGGUGAGGGUACCAAUGUUAUUUGGGCAUUAUGGAGUCAGCCUGAUGGCGAAACUAUCAUAACAAGCAGUGUCCUGGGCGCGGAAGUGUCUUGGCGCGCAGUGGCGGGACGGGAGCCGGCGCCGCCGCUGCCGCAGCUGGCCUCGCACCAGCAGUACCGCGACCGCUUGCUGGCACCGGGAUUGUUCCCGCCCUCGGUGGUUAAUAAGGCGCUCGUAAUAUACCGCCGUACAUGGGGCAGCAACGAAACGUCUAUCGACGGCGAUCUGAGUGAGGCGGCAUUGAACGCCGUCCAAACCCGCCUCAGGCACCUUAUUGCACGAGCCUCUGCUCCUGACCACUCGCAUCUGAUGCACAAGUGCUGGUCAGAUUUGUACAGUUGGUGCAUGCAAUACAUGGAAGGAUUGCAAAAACCUCUCGGUCUCAUGGUUUCUACUCACGGCAAUGAUGUAGAAAGCGGAUGGUGGUGUGCAGUAGUGCGGCGAGCCGGCAUAUCGCUGGUCCGAGAGUUGGAGCCACUCGAGCGUAUGAUGCUAUCACCCGAUCUCAGUCCUAUGGAAUCUGGAAUGGCAGGCGCCCGCGACGGCGAGUUAUCCGCGGACGCGGUGCGCGUGGUGCUGGCUGGCGCGCGGUGGGAGCGCGCGGCGAGCGCGGCGGGCGCGCGCGAGUUGGAGCGGCGCCUGUUCGCCGCCGCCGCGCCGCAGCACCGCCUGCUGCCGCGCCUGCUGCACCUGCUGCAGGCGCCCGCGCCCGCCGCGCCCGAUGCCACGCCGCACGCCGCUGAUGCGCCCAUUCUCAGUCCCCAGCAAAUUGACGAGCUCACAUCAAUUUUGGAACCGAUAAAAGAUCUACAAAACGCCGUGCUGGAGUUGAACGAUGCCCUGAGAUUAGAUGUUCCGGAGAUCGAUACUUCUAACCAUGAUGACGAAGACACCAGCGAGUACGACAAUCUAUUCGCAAGUGAUUUGGGAGUGUCCGUGAUUACUGAAGCAAUAAGACAGAUGGCUGAAAUGAGGUCGCGAGUGGUGCGCGGCGCGUUGGCAGCACUAGGCGUAAGCGGCGGCGCGGGCGGCGUGCCGGGCGCCGGUCAUUGCGCCGUGCAUUGGCAGGCCUACCGUGCUCUGUUAUGGCUGCGGGCUGCUACGCUUACCCGCCCGGCGGCAAGCUCAGCCGAAACAUUCCGUCUGAAGCUCAGCGCGUUAGGCGCCGAAGCCAGCGCGGAGAUAGCCGCGCGCGGCGGGGUGGGGCUAGAGGGGGCGGCGGCGCGCGCGGGCGCGGGGGUCGUGGGUGCGUACGCUCGCAGCGCCGGCGGGCAGCGGGCCCGGGCGCACCUGGCCGCUGCACGGGCGCCCGACCACUGGCAUCAUGCGCUGCCGCUGCUGGCGUAUCAUAUCGCGCAUCAAUUAUGGGCAGUGAGCGGCGGUUUCGAGUUCGGAUGGUGGUUGGCUUCAAUUAACCAACCUCGUCUUGUGCAGAGCUACGUUGCGAUGCUGGAGCCUUGGUGCGAAUGGAAUGCCUGCUCACGGCAAUUCAUCUUGGGCUUAUCUCUGCUGGAUCUCGAAGACUCUGAGAGCGCUUAUACCGCGUUCUGCAAAGCGGCUAAAGGCGUCAGCACGGAACCUUUCUUGAGGCAGCUGGUUGCCGCCCCCGAUGCUCGGCUAACACAACAUCAGGCGUUGGUGUUAUAUUACAUGAAAGUCAUAAAACUCUUCGAAAUACACGACGCGGGUGCUUGCGUGGUUCGUUUGGCUGAAACCGCCAUCAGUAUCGCCGACAAGGAUGAUCCGAAUUUGGCGAUGUUCCAAUGGCUGGUAUUCAAGUGGCACCUUUCGGGAGGCCGCGUGGAGCGCGCGCUGGCCGCCGCCGCCGCCAGCCCCGCGCCCACCGCGCGCGCCGCCGCCGCCGCCACGCUGCUCACCACGCUGGCAUCGCGCAAGCAACUGGGUGCUUUAGUGAAAUGCGCGGCGCUGGGCGCGGAGGCGGAGCGCGCGGCGGCGGCGCGCGCCAAGUUGCACGACGCGCACGGACACAACCCCUAUUACGACUUCCUCUACGCGCUGCACGUCUCGCGACACCACUACCGCAAGGCGGCAGCAGUGAUGUACGAACGGGCGUCGCGCUGCGCUGCGGAGCGCGGCAACGACUCGAGCGGGCGCCGCAAGUGGCUCGCGGCCGCGCUCACGUGCCUGCGCCUGGCGCGGCCCGAGCACGCCUUCCUGGCGCGCCCGCCGCCGCCGCACCACGCGCCCGCCGCGCUGCAGGUAAUCGGACCGAAAGAACUGGAGGCUGAAUUGCGCGCUGAAGAUCCAGACUCCUUAGAUGAAGUACAGCAAGCCUUAAAUAAAAAUGAAAAUAUAGAUUUCAAGAAAUUGUAUCCAAAACUGAAAGAUGCUGAUGCGGAAACAUUAUUAGCAGUAACCAAGAGAGUACUCAGCACGGGUCAAUUCCUACCCCACUGGUUCCUACAGAGAUACAUGGACGUAGACGCGGGCGGCUGCAUCCGCGCUCUUCUCCGCGGCGGGCGCUGCGUGGAAGCGGCUGAAGCGUGCUCACGCGCGCUACGAACCUCGCUCGCAGCGCUGCGGCCGCUCCCGCCGCACCCGCGCGCCGCGCCGCUCGCGCUCGCCGACCUGCUGCUAGCCGAGCUCGCACACCACAAGAACCAGCCCUAUGUGAACCAGGUUUAUAACGACUUGGAUAGUCUCGUAAAAGAGUACAUACAAGUGGUAAUUAGAACAUCUGAGGAUAUGAAGCUAGCAACUAUACAGUAAGGAUUUAGAAAUAAAACAUGUUUGCA